AUGGUUCUUUCACGCAAACACACAGGCCACAAGGUUGAAAUCGACUCACGAGCCUCUAUUACAACAGGCAAAGCCAAAAAGACUUCGAAAAAGAAUGCGGUUUUGAAGGAACAGAUACAGUCGUUGGGAGGAACUGCAGAAGAUUACGAGCUAGUGAGAGAUGCAGAUGAGGAUAUGGAUUCUGGCUCUAUUGCUACAGCACUUACAAAUGAGGUUUCCAAGUUUUUAGAAGGGUUGAACUUUAACCUUCCCGAACUACCGCAAGAGAGACCCGACCCCAAAUCCUCCAAAAAGCUUCCUCCUUCUAAAGCUGAGGUGCCCAGCAUUGUGGAGCCUUCCUCAAUCCCAAAAAUCAAGAAACCUGGUAAAGAACGCACGCGGAAGGAUACUCCAUCGAAGACGCCUUCUAAGGCUCCCGCUAUCGACGCGAAAUCCCAGACUGAGCUGGCAAACAAGGUCGUAUUCAAUCCUGCAUCACGUUUUAUUGUUCCUCCUGCUUCGCAGUGGUAUAAUGCCGUCUCGCGUCUGAACGUUGAAACCGCUCUACCGACUAUUACCCCUGCUCAACUCAAUUCUUUUCAUACUCGAGCUGCAGAACUUCAUACAGAGGAUAUGAAGACUUUUACUUCGUCAUCCUCCGGCAGCUCUUCUGCGUCAGAAGCAUCGUUCCUGUCGAAAAUAAUACAAUCGGGCACUCUUUCUGACCGACUGAGUGCUUUGACUCUGCUGGUUCAGAGUAGCCCCGUGCACAACUUGAAGGCAUUGGAGACGCUAAAAGGAAUGUCGGAACGAGGUAAAGGACAAGGAGGACGAGAGGAAAGUCUCAAAGCACUCCGAUGCGUAGUGGAUUGGUGGGUUGGCGGAGGUGCUCCUGAACGCAAACUAAAGUAUUUUCGCGACCAACCACUGCUACAUCCUGGUGUUACUGAUCAACAUUUGGUCCUUUGGUAUUUUGAAGACUGGUUAAAAAAAUAUUUCUUCUCGAUCCUCCAAAUUUUGGAGAAUCUUUCCCUUGAUCCUUUACCCUAUGUGCGCACUCAGACGCUCAACCUGAUCUUUAUCUUACUCCGCGAUAAACCCGAGCAAGAACAAAACUUACUUCGCCUGCUCGUGAACAAACUUGGCGACACAGACAAAUCCUUAUGCUCUCGAGCUUCAUAUCACAUUCUCCAGCUACUACAGCCACAUGCACCCAUGAAAGGCGUAGUUGUUCGGGAAAUAACUGCGCUAGUCCUCCGGCCUGCUGCACCAACUGCAGCAGCGACAAUGUUAGCAGCAGCGGCAUUCGCUGCCACAACGUCACAGCUUCAUGCGAACAUAGCUAGUCGAAAAAUCCGUUUCGCUGAAGACGACACACCCGCACCCACUGCUUCUUCAGCUACAGCAAAAAGCAAAGGAAAAGUGGCAACAACGGAGAAAAAGCAGGUCAAUGUUCACGCGCGGUACUAUGCCACCAUAACGUUCAACCAGAUAGUUUUGACUCCAGCUGACCGUGAUGUGGCUUUGAAAUUGAUUGACGUUUACUUUGAAAUGUUCAAAGAGUUGCUUGGGGAAGGGAAAAUUUCCGAAGAGGGCGGCGUUGUCGAAGAUGGAGAUGAGAUAGCAGAAGUCAAGACGGACAAGGACGGAAGAGUGUUUAAUGAUAAACAAAGUAAAGGAAAAGGAAAGGGCAAAAUCAAAGAAAUCAAAGGGGCAGCCGGAUUCGGGGAAAUCGAAGACGAGAAUUCAAAGCUCAUCUCUGCGAUCUUGACUGGAGUGAAUCGAGCCUUACCUUUUGCUAAAAUCGACGCAAAGGAUGUCGGUCUCCUCAAACACAUAGAUACCCUUUUCCUCAUUACCCACAAAUCUACCUUCAACAUUUCCCUCCAGGCUCUCUUGUUGAUUCAGCAUAUUGCAGCGUCUCUUACCUCUGGACCAUCUUCUUCGGCAUCCAUAUCAAAAUCCAUCGUUGACCGAUAUCACCGUACUCUUUAUGCGUCUUUGCACGAUGAGCGGCUUGCAUCGUCUUCGAAGCAGGCAAUGUAUCUGAACUUAUUAUUCAAAUCUAUCAAAACUGACGCUGGAAACCUUGAAAAUGAGCGGAUCAAGGCCCUGAUUAAACGAUUUGUACAGGUACUCGUAAGUGGGGGUAAUGGCGCAACGGAGUUCAUUGCAGGAGGAUUGUAUCUGCUUGGAGAGCUGUUCAGCACCAUACCUGGCUUAAGAAGCAUGGUCACUGAAGUUGCCAAACAAGAAGAGGAGCCCUACGAUUCCCGUAAACGGGACCCUCAAUAUGCUCACGCUUCUUCAUCUCCCCUCUGGGAACUGACCCCGCUUCUUCACCAUUACCAUCCUGCAAUAUCGCUGCAUGCUCGACAACUGCUUAGCUCGCAGCCAUUGACUGCCAGUGCCGAUCUUUCUCUAAACACCCUUUCACACUUCCUCGACCGAUUCGUGUAUAAAAAUGCCAAAAAGAUAUCUCCCGAUGCCACCAAGGGUAAGGGUGUCAGCGCUAUGCAGCCUUCUGCUAGCGGGAUCGAAGGGGUCAAGCUUAUAAAAGGAGAAUUAACCACCAGCGGCGACCUUUUGAUGAACGAAGAAAAGUUCUUAAAGAGACGGCCGGAGGACGUUCCCGUGGAUCAGCUAUUCUUCCACAAAUACUUCACAAGGAAAAAUGAACGCGUUAGAGAAAAACAUACGAAAUCAUCAAAUGAGGAUUCGGAGGUUGAUUCCGACGCUGACUCUGAUGGCGGAGGAGAAAUGGAUCUGACAGGAGACGAGGCAGAAAUAGCUAGAGAUAAAGAAGCUUCGGACGAAGAGGAAGAGGAGGGCAGCGAGCUUGACGAGGAGGAAGUAUGGAAGGCCAUGCAGGCUAGUAUGCCAAAAGUUCUUGCAGACGAUGACGAUCUCAUGAAUGAUUCCGAUGUUGAUCCCGACGGCGACGACUCGGACGAGCGUAGUUCCCUUAACGAUGAGGAUCUCCAAGACGAGGAUGUGGAAGAGGACUCGGAUAACGAGCUCUCUCUUGUAGAAGGCUCUGAUAACGAAGAUCUCAUAUCCUUAAACGACGACGGUUUAAUUGAGUAUGACGGUUCAGAUGCUGAAGUUGGCGAUGCCGAAGAAUGGGAUGGAAUCGGUAUCGAUAGUGCGAAGAGCAACAAGCGUAAGAGGAAUGAUGAAGAGAAAAAGAGAAGGAAGAAACUCAAAUCGCUACCAACAUUUGCGAGCUACGAGGAUUAUGCGAAGAUGAUCGAGGAUGGUCCCGAAGAUGAUAUAUAA